AUGGCUCCUCUGAAGAUAAUCGGCGCGGGGUACCCGCGAACAGGCACGCUCAGUCUAUGUGAAGCGUUGGAGAUUCUCGGAUACAACUGUCACCACAUGGACAAGAUCCUCCUAGACGAGACUCAAGACCCGAGCAUAUUCACUCGGGCGUACACAACCAAAUCCGCCCCGGACUGGGACGAAGUCUACCGCAACUACGACGCAGCGGUCGACUGCCCCAGCAUGGCGUUCUGGGAGGAUCUGUUCCGGAAAUACCCAGACGCAAAAGUCAUCCUAACCACCCGCGACUCCGACGCUUGGUACGACUCCGUGGGUAGGACGAUCUACCAGCAUUCACUCAAAGAGGAUGUUAGCUGGCCGCUUCGCCUGCUCAAGGCGCGGGAGAUGUCGCGCGCGAUCGUCAAGCAUGGCGUGCUGAAGGAUUAUGCAGAUAAGGAGGCCACGUUGCGACAGUUCAGGGAGCAUAUCGAGCGCGUUCAGGAGACCGUACCGCCGGGUCAACUGUUGGUUUUUGACUCGCGUCAGGGAUGGGAGCCUUUAUGCCGAUUUCUGAGUGUUGCUGUUCCGAAAGGACGGCCAUACCCGCAUACCAACCGCGCGGGAGAGUUUGUAGAUCGGAUUUGGUGGUAUAAAUCUGUUAUUGAAAGUAGAGAGGGGGCCAGAGGGCUGAAAUCCUGA